AUGAUAGAUAGAGACGAGACGGGUGACAACACAGACCCUUUCAGACAACUCCGCUAUCUCCCUCCCCCUCAGACAAGCCAGUACCACCAGACCAGCCAGCAUCUAUUCCAUCCCCAACCUAUAAGACAAACUGUUGGUCCAGCUUGUCUGAGGCAGAGUAGAGACCCCAAUGGAGCCAUAGAUUCUUUCUCCCUUCGUGAAAGCUUGUUCGGACAGGGAGAGUUGAACCCCGGUGCCAGGCACUUCACUCUUGAGAGCCAAAAUAUUCAUAGAACCACGCCUCGCUUCCCACCCGAGUAUGUGAAUUGGCGGUUUGGAGACCCCAUUCCCUCAAACUGGAGGAUCACCGUGACGCCUCGCGCCGUUAAUAGUCCUCGUCCUGAACAGCAUUGUAUCUUGAUGCCCGAUAUUGGGACUCCUGAGUCCUAUGAACGUUGUCGAGAUAUCUCCCUAUCUUCCUUGUUGUGCCCACAACCAGACCGAACCGUGUUAGAGCAUGCAGCGAUCCUGCACCACAUGAGGAAUUCUGAGCCCGAAUUUGUCACCGUCGGGAACCCUAAAAUAGUAUCUAGACCGGGCAGUGCUCGUGAAGAUACUCUUAUGGAUUGUGGUGAUCCUCACGAGCAGAGUUCCCCUAGAGAGACAACCGUUCCAGUGACCACCAAUGCGCCGGACGACAUGUUUCCCUUUGCUAUGCCUGCGAUGGGGAAGGAAGUAAUACUGUGUGAGUUCGAGGAGUUGGCCACACAUACGGCGAAAUGCGACAUCUGUAACAAGCACAAUUAUUCUGGAAUGUCUCGCUGUCUGACCUGCGGCUGGCAGACUUGCAACCCGUGCACAAUUGCCCGUGGGUAUUUUCGCACUCACCAUGUCAACGGCAAUAUUCAUACUGGUCCCACUAGCCAGAAUAAUCUAGACGCUACUGCUAAAGAAAUCUCGAAAGCGAAGAAGAAGAGCAGUCCGCCCAAGAGGAAGAAAGGCCCUAUGAAUGCCAGAAAAUCCAAGAAAGGCCACCCAGCCAAGAAUAAAACUGCGAAGAAGGUUCCGAGAACGCCAUCAAAGUCCUCACUUGUGUCUAACAAAGUAGAUGCUGACCAGGAGGCUUCCGCAGAGGAGAUUAGUGAUUCUGGAAACCGUAUAAAGCAAAGUGAUCCGGAUACAUGGGACGUAGAUUCUAUUCUCGAUGAUGACGCCACAGAGUACCUGCCGGAGGAUGACCAGCUGGAGGAAGAAGAGGCUAGCACUUGGAGCCCUUCCAAUACCCCAUUGAGUCAGGGUAGUUUGCACAACUGGAACCUCCAGCAAGCCCAACGGGGACAUGAGAUACGACGCCAGAAAAAUAUUAGGAGUCAGAAGGUUAAAACCUCAAGGGAAACUGAUGCUGACACGCCUCUGACUAAAUCGAAAGCCUCAGGACAGCGGACUAAAGCUCAGGCUUACUGUCGAAAGCAGCCAGGGAGAUACUCUCGUUUGUAG